AUGAUUCGAGGCGGUGUCGACUGGAUUUGUGUGCUACAAAUAUGCGUUAAUAUGAUGCCUCAAUCCACGUGGUCUACCAUAACCCAUCUCUUCGGCUGGUUUUCAUUUCUCAUCGCUAUUUGGGCGACAAUCACUCUCUUCGUAUUAAUCGAGAAGAAAUCGAGAAAGGAAUUCGGUGGAUAUAAGAACUUUUUGAGGAUUUACUGCUGUUAUGCAUUCCUUUUCUGUGUCGUCGAUUGGCUAGUUCAACCCUAUGCAGUAGUGGAUAUCUAUGGUAUCGGUUAUGUUUUCUAUUCAGAGAACAGACUCUUUGAUAUGGGUUAUUCAGUGACUCAUUUGCUACAAGUCCUCUACUGCGGGUGCUUCGUCGCCAGCUCCUCAUUUCUAUCCCUCAAUUUCAUCUAUCGCUAUAUCUCCUCUUGCCACCGUCACUGGUUACAUCACUUUCAAGGUCUCGGUCUCAUAAUUGUCAUUCUCUAUUGCGUCUUGCCAUUUCUCAUUUGGUCCUUUUGUGUCACCGUGUUCUUGGGUCCUACACCAGAAAUGACAGCGUAUUUCAACAUUUCCACAAUGUACAUUGAGCAAUUCGACUUAACAGACAAACCCUAUCACGUCUCCACAACACCAUUUCAUCAAGUCGGUGAUGUCAAUUGGGGUACAAUGGGAUCGUUCAUUGGUCUCGGCUGUUUUCAGGUUCUCUUCUACGGAAUUUCGUUAGUCUGCGGUAUUCUCACGUAUAAGAAUAACAUGAAAUUACUGAAAUUGGCUCAGCUCUCAAAGAAUCUCUACAAGACACAAAUGCAACUGUUGAGAGCGAUUGUGAUGCAGGCAGUAACCCCAUUGAUCUUCGUCUACAUCCCACCGGCGAUAAUAAUCACUGGCAGUGUGACUGGAAUCUAUGUUGGAGAACUCGGACAUUUCGUGGUGAUGAGUAUUUCAAUGUAUCCACCGUUGGAUUCAUUGGUGUUUUUAUUAUCGAUAAGGGACUAUCGUAAUGCAUUAUUUUGUAAUACAAAGACGGAUAGUCGGAGUGAGAGCUCGAAUAUUCGACCAGCUACGGCGAAAGUUUCGGUAAGGAAUAGGGAAUGGUCAGGACUGAAUUUGGAGUUCAGCAACGAGACCUAG